GAAUUCGUUCUGUGAAAUUAUUAAUCGUGAAAAAUGUCUUUAUACAUUUAGUUUUUCUAUUCUUUUAUCCGAUUUAAAUAUACUAAGACAACACGCGAUAGUGAUAGUGGUCAAAAGUCAUCCUAACGGCGGCAGAUGAAGUUGAGUUUGAGUGGAGGGGGGAUAGCCUUCCACCUGGGGGCACAAUCGGCUCCGAUCUAGGUUAGGAAGCCGUGGGGAUGUGGGCCGAGUAUAUACGCCGCUUCCAUGUCCACCUGAUAGUUCAUUUAUAGUGUUUCUUCGCUGUAGUUCUUCGGAUUACCAAUUGAUCAAGCAUGUUAAGGGAAUUAACGUUGCUCCUCAUAGGAGCUGUAUUAGUAAUGGGACAAAGAAGAUUGUCUCUGCCGGAUCCGAGAAGUUGCGCUAACAGAGUACGUCAUGCUACUUACAGAGACGCCAGAGGCGUGACGCAUUCCUAUUUCUUCAGUUGGGAGCACGGACCAACUAGAGGAUUGGAAGUGGAUUGGCUCGAUGCCAGAAACAUCUGCAGAAGGCAUUGUAUGGAUGCAGUUUCAUUGGAAACUCCACAAGAAAACGAAUUCAUCAAACAGAGAAUAGCCAGAGGUAACGUCAGGUACAUUUGGACGUCCGGUAGAAAAUGUAAUUUCGCCGGUUGCGAAAGGGCCGAUUUACAACCACCAAAUAUCAACGGGUGGUUCUGGUCGGGAUCCGGAGCUAAAAUCGGACCGACUACUCAAAGAAAUACCGGGGAUUGGAGCGCAACCGGAGGAUUCGGACAAGCUCAACCCGAUAACAGAGAAGCGGCACAGGGUAACGACGAAUCGUGUCUGUCUAUUCUCAACAAUUUCUACAAUGAUGGUAUUAAAUGGCAUGACGUUGCCUGUCAUCACGUCAAACCUUUCGUAUGCGAAGACAGCGAAGAAUUACUCAAUUUCGUCGCUUCUAGAAAUCCUGGUAUUCGUUUAUAGAUAAAGGCUCUGUAAAUUAUUAGAAGAAACACGAUCGUACCUUCAAAAAUGACCAUAAAUUUUUUUUUCUAUUUAUUUAUUUUAUUUGUCAAAUAUUGCUGACCAAAUCUCGAUAAGGUUUUUUAAAACUUUCAAUUGGUCAUUUUUUUUUUCAUCUACAUUUUUCCAUGGCUUUCGCUUGUGAAUAUUAGCUUUGUUAGAUGUUAGUUUUGUACCUAUUUUUUAAAUUAAUAUAUUUAAUAUUAAAA